UAUUUCGUAUUUUAUUAUUUUUCUUGUCAUAUAACAUUCAAUUAUGAACCUUGCAAAUUUUAAAUCUAAUUGAGCUGCCAUCUUUUGCCCCACGGCAAUUUUUAAGGUAGUUUAUCUUACAAAAUAUAAGAAAGCUGGAGAGAUUGAUGAGGACAACAUAAGAAUUAAUGGCCCUAGUUAAAAACAGGAAGCAAAGUAAACACUAAAUUAUAUCGUGACAUAUCUAAACAUGACAGCAUUUCCAGUCAUGUAAGGGCGCUGACUGCUUAAAUGCACCCAUCUGAGUAAGAUGUGUGCUUACAGACACAUGGGCAAACAUAUGUAUGGUAUAUACUGUAUUUCAAAAUGCAUUUUUGUCAUAUAUUCACAUUUUGUGGUAUGACAAAGUAAGCCUCAUCAAAGAGUAUUCCAAUAAUUACUAGUAAUUUCACUUUGAUAGUUUUGUGUAAGUAAAUCUUUGUGUACCCUCUUUUGUUUUGUAUUUUCUGAAUAUAAUCUAUGUUGGAUCUACUGUAGAAUCUGUUCUAGUCACCUUCAGAUAAUGCCUUCUUAGGAACAUUUGUCUUCUUCAUAUUAUACAGUAAUAUGUGAAGUACAGUAUUUUGGUUAAAAACUUGCCACAAUUUGUAUUAAAAAAAAUACAUACAUGGAAAAGACAUGGACUUGCCUUAGCAAGCUUAUGCAACACACAAAGUAUUAGUAAAGGAGAGAGAGAGAGAAAACUGGCAGUCAGGCUUAGAUGUUGUAAGAACUUUAAAAAAAAAAUCAGAGCUAGACUCUUCGACCAACCCCACCACCUCGACUUCUAAUGUGGAACUGUUAAACACAGUGCCAAAAACAAUAUUUGAAUGUUUCUCUUGAUUAUGAUAACCCUCUUUUCAUACAGUCCAACCAUAAAACAUUUCUUCUACUCUAAAGGCCCUUUUAAAAUGCUUUUCAAGCUGUUUGACAACAUCCCAUCUAGAAAAUAACAUGCUGCAGUUCCUCAGUUUACUUGGGACCAUUAUCGAGUCUGAAAUCUUUGGUUUAUAGCUGGGGAGAGGUAAUGUGUUUGUAUGCCUGCCACUCUUAGCUACCCAGUUAGCAGGUGAAUUUUUUUAUUCAUCCGAUUGGGUUCAUUCCUGUAACAAUAUGACCUGGAGAAAUCCAUUUACACAAUUUUGUUUAACCAAAUCUGAACUCGUGGUUUGACUACAUUGAAUUCUGCUAACUUUGAGGAGCAAAUAUUUCAUCAAUUUCUCAAUAAAAGAUGGGUGUGAAACAUUCGCAUGUGGCUCACUGGUUGAUAAAUUUUAUACUGAAUCGUUUGUUCUUCAUUAGUUGAACCCUUUUGAUGCUUUAAGCGAUAGUGUUUGAAGUAAAAAAAAAAAUGUGCUUAUGCUGUAAUUAGUGGCCUCUGUCUGUGUACCUAGAAUAACAUUUUGAAAUUGUGCAAUGUUUGACCAGGUCAUUUGAUAUUAAAAACUGGGAUCAAAACCUGUUAAAUGCUGCAAAUAACAUAGAUCAGGGAGAGCAAACAUACAGUAAUUUGAAAAUGCAAAAAAUAUGGCAGAAUUAUUCCUUUUUUUAUUUUUUUUAUUUUUUUUAAUUCAUAAAAUUCUUUGCCACUGUAAUUAUGUUUAUUUGUUGUAUUUAUGAUGAUAUUUUUGUACAUUAGGGACACAAGACCUCUUAUUAAGGCACUGGGGCCAUUUUCUUUAUUGUAUAAUGAUUCUUUUAUAUGUACUGUAUAUAAAUAUUUGUUUUGUUUUAUGGUUCAGUAUAUGUAAAUAGAGCAUUCAAUUUUUUUCUAAUAAAUAUAAAUUGAUGAAACCUUAAAUGAAACCAUCCCCCCCCUUAAAAGUAGAUUUAUUUUGACAAUUACAUUCAUUGAUAUGUUUAUAAUGAUAGUGUGUGUCUUGGGAAAAUGCACACUGGUUUUGUUACUUGAACCACAUUCUUGCUAAUAGAAAAUACAGGCUUGCAAGUUUUUAAAACUGCAUUCAACAGGGCAAAAAAAAAAACAAAAAACUAUUUUACAGCCAAAAAAAGAUUAAUAGUUUAAUUUUACAUGCUUUAUUUCUUUUCAUCUAUGGAGUUUUGUUUUUUUCCAGAGAUUUUUUUUAAGGCACAGCUGUUUCAUUUGCAAAUUUGUGUAAAUUAUUGAAGCUCUAGAUUUUAGCCCCUGAAUUUCAAGAGUUAUUUGGGUAUAGCUGUUAUAUUGUCAGUCUGUUUCUCGAUGUCUUGUCUUAACUGUGGUCACUAUUAGUAAGCAUCUUCUCAGCAAUUGCUAAUUGAAUUAGUGUGAAAUUUUGUAUGGAAAUUCUCAAAACUUAAACGAUCUUUCUACUGUUUAUAUUUUAACUGUGCCUCCUUUCCUGUAAGAAAUGAGUCGGAUCAAGCACAGAGCAGCCCCUCAUCCCACACGUGUGUCCUCAGCUUACAUUCAGUCCCCUGCUGGAAGACGUACUGGACGGACUCGUAGUGUUUCUGAAUCUGGCCAAUGCCAGAUAUUUGCUCCAGAUGCUUCUCCAAGGUUAACCUCCUUAGCAACACCUGGACGCACAUCUGGUAAUACCCUUCAUGAUUCUCAGACGAAAUCUGAACGGCCAAGAAAGUCACGGCAUGCAAGUGGAAAAGUGCAUCAUAGUGGCCGCAAUUCACGUGAUGGAAGAUCACCCAAUCAAGAGGGCAGCCAAGCCAGAAAAUUACUAUACCCACCAAUUUCUGGAGGGUCAAGAGAGGAAGAAGAAAACUCCCCUGAAACAAAGAGAUCUCGAACAGCACCUUUACCAGAUAUCAUGCACGAUUGGGAAAUCAUUGUGAAAUCCCUUAAGGCUAAUGAGCGUCGUGAGAAGCAGGAAGUUACCAAGGCCUCUGGUUCUGGUGGUGAUAAGAGUCACAAAGGACUGGAGCGCAAGCAUGUAGAACGAAGAAAUACAGAUGAAGCCAUUAGCACCAAUCGUAAAUUAGACUUCUCAGAAGGUCAACAUAGAAAGCCAGAAGAACCUCUACGUCAAGAACCUUCUACAAGUAAUACAGAAGCUGACAGUGAUAAGGAGAAUACCAGGCUGAAUGAGUCAGUAGCUAGAGAACAGUUGGAAAAUGUUGAUAAUGGUGAUGCUCAGAGAUCUCUCAGUGCCAAUGAAGAUACUCUUGAAAAUAGUCAACAGACAGUUGAUAGUCCAGAAAAUAUUGCUCCCAGUAUUGAAGAAAAUACAUCAACAAACGAUCUAGACCCUCCUGGAAAUAUAAGUGAAGUACAAACCUUAGUUAGUACAAGGCAGUGGUUACCUGGAUCACAUUGUGUUACCCAAUCUGUUACAGACAUUAAGACUGAUGGGGAUAGCAGUGAUAAACUGGAGAAUAACAGUAGUGACAUAAAUAGUGUAGCAGUGAUAAAAGUAAGUGAGAAAAAACAGUUGAAAGAUAAAAUUGGUGUUUCACUUACAUCAGUUGAUAAUAUUGAUGCCAUUAAUGUAUCUAAUGAUUCUGGGCAGAUAGGCUUAGAUGACCCUUCUUCAGCAGGCUCUCAAACUAAAACUGAAAUCAGUAGACUUUCAAACCUUUCUUUAGAGCAGGACAAAGAGGAGCCUUUACCCUGUUGUUCUCCCAAAAGUAAUAGUGUAUCUAAAGAGUUGCAUAUAAUUUGUGAGAAAGAAAAGGAAACCAAUCAGUCUAAAAUGGCAGCAUCCAUUGACAAAUGUAGUGGUGAAGUAGUGUUAGAUAGUGCAUCAUAUAGCAGCCCAGUGGUGAGAGGGGGAGGAACGGGAUAUACUCCUAGUGAAGUACUAAAAGAUAUGAUCCAAAGGGAUAAACCCUUUGAGUCUUCAGAAGAUGAUGAUAGUGAUUCGAGUGACUCUAGUAAAACUGAUAGUGAUGUAACGAGUUCAAAAGAAUGUGUACAAAAUAAAAUUUUAAUGGAUGUUAUUGGACAAAAUAUCCAAAAGACCCCUUUUCCAAGAAAAGAUAGUUUGUCUAAAGGUAAAAUUAAUAAUGAAGACUUGUCAUCUGAAGCACAGUUUUCAAGAGUAGAUAAUGAUAUGAGCAAACCUAUACAUGACUCUGAAAAUGGCAAAGAAAUUAAACAAAUUUGUAAAAGUGCAGAAAAAUCUAUCUGGCAUAACAAAGACAUAAGUAUUAUUCCCCAUUCUCGUAUCACACAGAGCAGCAAUAGUGAAUACAAUGAUGAUAAACCUCAGAGACACCAAAAAGUUAAAGGUGAUGUGAUUAUGUUGUCAGAAACAGAGUGCAUAUAUAAAGGAAAAUGUGAGCUCGGAGAAAUGGAUAUAGAUGAAAAUUGUCAUAAUGUAAGUAAAAUGCAUGGAAUGAUUGCCACUGUUGAAGGGCAAGAUGACAUCAAGAAUUCAUGUAAUGAAAUAUUAAAAGAAACUAAAUGCCUCGAGAGAGAACAUAUUGAGAAAGAUGAUUUAAGAAUUUCAAUUGCAGGAAAGCCUAAAAAAUCUGAACAUUCACAACACGGUAGUGAUACUGGGUUGAGUAUUAGUGUAAUAAAAAUACCUAAAGAAAUUGAACCACAUUGCCUUAAAGAUAAAGGGAUUGAAAUGGAAAAACAGGGAUAUAAGUGUGAUUGCACAGAGAAUGAUGUGAUUGACAAAAAUGAAGUUACAAAAACGGUUAUAACUUUAGGGGAAUACGAAAAGCUAUUUGGAUCAUUAGAUGAUGAAAAAUGUAGGGUAAACAACUUUGAAGGUUUCCAUAAUUCCUUGCCAGAAAAAAAAUGGAAAGAAGAAUGUUUUGGAAAUAAUGAUGUGGCUGAAGAAGCAUUUGAAGGUUUUGUUUCUGUUACUUCACACAGCAGUGAUGACGGAUCUAGAAAGCUUAUAGGCCAUAAUCUGAUUCCGGCUAGCAUUAGCACUAGUGAUGUUCAACCAUUUAGCAGAAAAACCUUAAGACCAGUGGACUCAGCAGAUGAUAAAAAAGCAUGUCAUGAAUGUCAGUUAGUAUUUGAAACUAACGAAGAAAAAUAUCAACAUCGAAGAGUUGGUCACAGGAGAAUUUACGAGUGUAUGCUGGAUGAAGGCCACUGUGGAAAAAUGAUUGGAGCUGUGCAGUAUCAUGCACACUUAUGGGAACAUCAUGAACCCGUCAUUGUGCGAAUGCUGGAGGAUUUGUCUGCUGAUGUUGCAUCAUGUACAAUGGCCGGGUCGGUUUCAAAUCUUACUCUUCCAUGUCGAGUGUGCCUGUGUCUGUUAGCACAGCCGACUCGACAGUUACACGAACUUCUAGUACAUGGACAGAUGUCAAGUAUGCUGACUUUGAGCUCUCCAUCUCCACAGGCAAGUGUGUGGUGGACAGGAAAGGGAUUAUCAUGGACAUGUCACCAGUGUUGCACCACCCCAGCUGUUGUUCAAAAUCCUCAGCACUUCCUGAUGGUGUGUGCUCCACAUGCCUUCCCGAAGAUUUUAGCGAACCACCUGGUUAAUGUUCAUCUAUUGAGUGAUACUUUGUUACAUGGUUGGUGGCUGCUGUUACGUCUCCUUCAUGUUUUGCCUCCACUUGACCGAUCUUCCCUGGCCUCCAUGUUAGCUCUUGGUUUACAUAAUAAUAUAUCUUUUGCACGUUGUCUAAUAUGUAAGCGUUCUUUAGCAUUUAUUGUGAGUCCGCAGUUAAAUGAAUCACGUGGCUUGUGUGGAGGGUGCUGGGGUUUGGUGAAAGACAGCCUCUCAUGUUGGUUUCUCUGUGGCUAUCCAUAUCCCAGUAGUCAGUCUCAGUUGACUGCCCAUCUAAUUGCAAACCACAAGAGCCAGCUGGCAGGAGGCUGGUGUGUACUUUGUGGCCAGUGGGCAAGUGCACUUCUUCCUCAUGUAUAUAGCCAUACAUAUGUUAAAAAAUGUGUUCCACAUUUUACUUGUAAUUUUUGCCCUACAAAUUUAAUUGGGCAAAAUAUUUUGUCUUGGGUGGUGCACUCUUGGGCAUUUCAUGUUUUCCCUUGUCCAUUUCCCACAUGCAGAACACUUCAUUGUGACUCUGAACCAGAUGAACAGUCCAAGCCUGGACAAACAGUUGCUCCUACAUCUAUUCACCUAGCAUCCCACAUUAAUGCAUGUCAUCUUCCCAGUGAUGAAGAGUUAAACUUGGACGAGAUAAGUUUAGUUCUUCAGUGGGUUCGUGGAGGGCGUGGAGGACUUCUCUCUUCCUUAGAUGCUCAGGCACUAAAUACAGUCUGGUAUAGUCAUACUGGAGAUUUGUUUACAUUAAUUGGGGCAGGUCACCACCUAACUCCUUCCACUACUGUAAAAAUAUGGACAACCUGUGUGGUUUGUGGAUGCUCAACUACUCUGACAUUAAGAUAUGCAGACUUGAGUCCAGCUCCUCUGUGUGCACACUGCCGUCUUGGUUUGCAUCGGUGCCAGGCUGGUCCACCUUGGCAGUGUCCUGCUCAAUCAUGUAAUUUCAGUGCUCCACAGGCAUCUUGUCUUUAUGAUCACCUUAUGGACUCCCCUAAACAUCGACAAACAAUAAAACCCCACCUAAAGUAUGUUAAGCUACCUAACUGUUGUUCAAAGUGUAAUAUGACCAAAGUGUUCAAGGAUCGUUUGGCAUUAUUUUGUCAUCAGUUGUUAUCACACACUCUUGCUUGCUUAAUCUGUCCUUAUCAUGCCAUUACAGUUUCAUCCUUGCAACAUCAUCGCACUACCUGUCAUGAUCUGAGGUCUUUGGACGCUGUUUGGGUACGUCUUAAAUAUAAACAACAAGUAAAAGAAAAGUACAAAAUUCAGCAUCCUAAAGUAUUAUAUAAAGAAGAUGGAUGUGUCAUUCUUGUAGGUAUUAGUUCAACUGGUGGUGUUGUAGCACAAUGUGACCCUUUAAUCUAUGUUCCUUUAUUAAUGGACACACCUCAAGGAAACACCCAAGAGAAUUCAGUGGAGGAAAUGGGCAAUAACUGUGAGGCAAGAGAGGAGACUGCAGAAAGUGAGGAUGAUGCUGUUCCUGGUUGGUGUGGGUCAUUGUGCACAGUAUCUAUGUCUCCCCACAAACUUACUCCACCUACCACUGACCUCAUGUUCUCAGCUGAGAAAAAUACCACCUUAAAGAGAGAGAGAGUGGAGACAGUACAGUCGAUAUCAGAUGAACCACAGGUUCCUGCUGUUGGAGUAGCCGAGACUGCAAAGACGGAUGUAAGCACUUUGCCAUUUGGAGUUGCAGUUCAUGAAACAAAAACAGUGGAAGACAAUGAGACAGAACAGAAAGACGAUGAGGAUGAUGACAGUGGUAGUGAGCCACCUUUACAGAUUGAUACAGCUGCUGCUUCACCAAAUUCACCACGUGGAUCAUGUCCACCUAGUCCUGGCCCAAAUUUACCUAACCCAAAUGGUAGUCAGGCAGACUCUGUUAUAUCAAAAGCACCUACUAAUAUAGAAGCAACAUUGUCCACAGAAAUCAAGGACUUAGAGAGCACAAAAAAUACCCCAGUUACGCUAUCCCCUAAAACUCCUCCAACAAAAGAACACGGUACGUUUGACAAACAAGAAAAUUCAGGUCACUUGCCACCAGAAGGAGGAACACCAACGUUUGGCUUGGUUGAUACCCUUAACAAUGUUGUGGCCCAAACCAUUCGAACUAUGACCGAAGUUUUAACAGAAUUACAACAAAAUGGCGAGGAGACGGAUAAAGCUGUGCUCCCAGGACACACAAAGUCUCGGUCAUCAGAUGUUGAUCUUGUUCAAUCUGCACCAGAGGUAGAGUGCUCAUUGAAAAAGAAGAGUACACCAAGAGAGAGACAAAGUAGACGUGGAGAACCAAAGCCUUUGCCAAAAGGUCUGGGAGAAAAUGCUGAUAUCGAUGAGACUUCUAUGGGGGAGAACAUUUUACGUGAUCUUAGUGACAAGUUUACAGGUCAAUGUGUAGGAUGUGGUGUAAGUGUACUUUUACCUCGCCUUUUGUUACAUAUGAAUGAAGCUCAUCCACGUGCACUUGUUACUUGUACUUGUGGGACUUUUCAAGGAAGCCUCUAUGCAUUUUUAGUUCACUCCUUCCAUUUAUCCCAUUUACCAAGUGAAGCACGCCCUUUUGUAUUCUCUGGAAUAGAUGGUACCCAAAGAACUAUGGUAGUACUGGAAGCUAGAGCUUCUCCGUCGAUUGGUUACACUUUUCCAUGCUUUAAAUGCGGUAAGCGCUUUAAGCAAGAAAAGUCACGGCAACUUCAUUACAACUUGUGCAAACUUGAAAAGAAAUUUGAGUGUGAAGUUUGUGGGGAAAAGUUUGUGCGUGAUCACCAUCUUGUUAAACACAAAGAAUGGAAACACAACCCACAAACAUGUCCCCACUGUGGAAAAUGUUUUACUUCCGAGGUGUCUCUAACUCAACAUGUUCUUCAUAUACACAAAAAACAGUUAAUUCACAAGUGUGACCAUUGUGGUGAUCGUUUUGGUACUCGUUCAAGACUAAGAGUUCAUUCACGUAUUCACACUGGAGAACGACCGCAUAAAUGUCAGCAUUGUACACAAGCAUUUGUGUCGAGAAAUUUGCUGGCAAAACAUGUGGCUGCUGACCACCCAAGCCAAUCGACAAAUUACCAGUCUGACUCUAGUGAAGACCUCAGUAAAUAUAAAAGCCGAAAACAUAGAACGUCUUUGGACAAGUCAGUGAAGGACAAAAGCAACAUGGCCAGUGAUACAGAUUCAGACAGUUCAGAGUGGGAAGGCCCAGCAGUGACACCUGCUGUGCCAUCUGGCAAGAUUGAUGAUGAUGACAAGGUAGCUGAAGAAGAAUUCCAGACGAGGCUGGUCAUGUUAGCAAUGACAGAAUCAGAUUUGGACACUUCAGAUUCGGAAAGUGAAAAAACAACAGCAGUUCAUCACAAGAAAAAUACACAUGGAAAGCAAGCAAGCAACAAACAGAAACCAUUGGAAUCGGUACAGGUGGAUAAAGUUGAUAUGUACCAGCAUGAGGAAUUGCAAACUCAUCAUUUGGAUAUUCAAGGGAAGCAUGCAGAGCAGAAAAGAAGAAAAUUGGUGGAUGGUUCCAGUGGUGUAGUGGGAGCGAUCGGGGGAACAGUUGAUGAAAAUCCACCAUCACCUAUAGUGCGAGAAAACAUGGUGCAGAUUGUUGACCGAGCUGUUGGAGUACGGUGUGGGCCGUGCCAUCUGACUUGGAAUGACCCAGCGGGAAAAUUGCUUCAUAUGUACCUGGUUCACCCACAACUUGUAUUAAACUUGGGGCUCAAUGAUUGUGCUUUUUGUGAUCAUUCUUUCACCACUGCAGAUGAUAUUAAUGACCACCAUUUAGCUUAUCACCAACGUGCAAUGCUACCUAAUGGAACUUUUCGUUGUUUGUGUGGCUUGGUUUUUCGGGAGGACGGAGCCUAUUAUUUUCAUCUUUAUUAUGCCCAUAAAGCACAACGAGCGCUCAAUGUUGGUGGAGAAAUAGUGUGCCGUGUAUGUGAAGCCCGACCACGCCUUAAUAAGAUUGUGGACCUGGUUGUGCAUCUUAGUGACACACACACAAUGUUUGACCACGUAAGGGUUAAUGAUGCAUACAUGUGUAAUUUUUGCUACAAAGCUUUUGAAUCGUGGACAGUUCUUAGCUUGCAUUUCUUUAUGGUACAUAAAGCUACUAAGAGUCAGACACUUAGUUAUGACUGUCCAUAUUGUGACGGGGCUUCGCCUUGGCAUUCUCUUGAAGCUUUACAGUACCACUUAGAUAAUGUACACCCUGCCCGACACCGUGUACAUAAAGUUCCUGAAAAUUCGUGCAGCAUAUAUAUGCCUGCAACUCGUGUGGCUGCAAAUACAUCAACCCAGUCAUAUUCAGGAAACAAGAGGAAGAAAUCCAUGACUACUAUUAGUGGAAAGCCACCACCAAAAAAACGAAAAAGAAUGUCCAAGAAGGGUCCUCGUGACGAUGGAGGCAGUAUGGAGGCAGAUGAAACACUGUACUGCAUUUGUCAGUGUCCAUAUGAUGAGGUGUCAGAUAUGAUAGGCUGUGACAAUCCUUCUUGUCGCUACCAGUGGUUCCAUUUUGAAUGUGUGGGAAUUAUGGCUGCUCCAGAGGGGAAUUGGUAUUGUCCUGAGUGCACUACUACUCUCAAAGUAGCUCAUAAAAGCCAACCACAUGCUGAUCUUUAUGAAUAUUAUAGCAAUUAUGAUGCAGAUUCUCAACCAGCACCUAAGCCGCCCAGCCAGCGACACCGCUCCUCAUCAUCGUCUUCGUCGUCGUCCUCCUCCUCCUCCUCAUCCAGUGACUCUUCAUCCUCCUCUUCAAGUAGUGAUUCUAGUAGUGAUAAUGAAAAUGAAAAUAAUGAUAACAAUAACUGAUAAUUGUAUACUAUUUUUCAUUAAUUUCAAUAGUGUAUGAAGUCCAGAUUGUUAGAAAAAUGUGUUAAAAACUUUUCAGGCUGCUUAAGCUUUUAAGUAUUAAUCUUGUAUUUGCCUUAAUCUGUCUUUUUUUCUUUUACAUACUGUAUAUUUUGUCUUCUCAUUUAUCAUGCGUCUCUCUAUUUUAAUCUGUUUCUCCUUUACGCAAAUAACUUAAAAGGCUAUUACUUUGGUAGAAAUGGUGUUUUAAGUACAGUACCUGAAAACGAACUGCUGAAAGGCACUGGUAUAUGGAAUUCGAACCGUUGAACUGUAAAACUAUGAAUGCAUAAUUGACAUUGUCGUUUACAGUACUUAGGUCUGGCGUGUAUUGAUAUUGAUGAGGAUUUGUCUGAAUUAUGACAACUUAUAUUUUGACUUGUGUAACAAUAAUGCAGUCCUAAUUAACCAUGAGGGAAUAAGCCCAGAUAUAAAUAGUAGCUUCCUGAGAACAUUUUAGUCAUGGUUAUGUAAAUAAGCUUUCAGCAUGCAUAAGACUGACAGCACUUGGGGAUGAAAAUAUUGCUGUGCCAAAAGUAUCAAGCUAUUUGUUGCAGUUUGAAAUUAUUCUGAUUAGAGACUGUAAUAUAAUAAAUACUUCUUUAAUUAUAAUGUGUGAUUUCUAUAAUAUUCCACUAACAUAAGAGCAAAGAAUAUUUUCAGAUUUCUUUAUUCAUGUCUUAUCAUGGGUAGAAUGAUUUCAUUCAGGGCUGGGAAUUAAGGAAAGUUUUAUAUUGGGUUUUGUUACCAUGAAAGGAUAUUGAUUGUACUUUACUAUACUCUCAUAAAAUACUGUAUAGAACUUUGUAGGUACUUUAUUUUUUAUUUUUAUUUAUAUUUUUGUCAAGAUAUUGCUUUUGUUUCUCCUCGAACUGUGGUCAUAUUUACAUUUGUUAUGGGUCAUUCCAUGUCACUUCACUCAGUUGGUUUCCAGCACCCUUUUCUAUUUUGAUGCAAUUUAGUACACGUACAUAUCUCAGCGAGAGAAAAUUCACAGUGAAUGACCUGUCUCACAUCUGUAGCUAAAAUAGUUCCUGAGAUGUGGGAGCUUGAAUUGUGCAAAAAAAAGGGGGGAAUCUUCCCAUGAUUGUGCCUUUUUUCAAUAGGAUGUAUCUCAGCUCCUAUGGCACAUGCAGAGUUCAUUCAAAUAUCUUAAAGCCUCUCCAUGAAUGCCUCUCCAACUUUUAUUCUGUGCAUAUUUUAAAUCAGGGUUCAAAUGAAAAAGUUUACCUUGCAGUUAACCUUUGACCUUGGAAAGGUCAUUUGUUGUAUAAUUAGGAUUUUUUCAAACUCAAAAUUGGUAUAAAUGUGUAUACUAGUUUAUAACAUAUAUAUAUAGUGUGUGUGUGGGGGGGGGUAAAUGAACUGCAUUCAUUUGAAUGGCCCUAACCUUAGCUGAAAACCCUGACCUCAAGUGUCUAUCCAAACUUUGUAGAGGCAUAAUUCUAGAACCAUUUUAAGUACAAUGAUUACCUUGUGUUGGUUUUGGAGCUUAGCGGCCCGGUCCAUUGCCCAAGCCUCCUCGUUGCUGGACUGGUCAACCAGGUUGUUUGAUACGGCUGCUCGCAGCCUGACGUAUGAGUCACAGCCUGGUUGAUCAGGUAUUCUUUGGAGGUGUUUAUCUAGUUCUCUCGAACACUGAGGGGGUGUCGGCCAGUUAUGCCCCCUUGUGCGUAGUGGAAGCAUGUUGAACAGUCUCGGGCCUCUGAUGUUGAUAGGGUUCUCCCUCAGAGGACCUGUUACACCUCUGCUUUUCAACGGGGAUAUUCUGCACAUCCUGCCAUGCCUUCUGGUCUCAUGUGGUGAUUUCAUGUGUCUCAUGAUGGUAAGACAUAUACAGUAUUGUUCUAUUUCAUUAAUUUCAAAAUUUUUGAUCAUAAAAUUUUCUGGAUAUGCAAAUCAGCAGCCACCCACCCCUCUUCCCCUCCAUCCCCACUUCAUUGGAAUGAAUUUCAUGGCUUUCCUCCUUCCCUACACGCUUGCCAGUCACCUACCUGAUGAGCAUUUGGUUAUAUCAUUUUUGUAGUCAUUGUCAAAUUUAACCACAAUGCACAUACAUGGCAAUAACUUUAAUACUAGUUAAUUACCACCUACACAUGAAGAUGGGCAUAAUUCAAUAUAAGUUUGGUACAUGUCUUGAAAUGACAGAACCUUUAAAUUUAUAUGUUCAGUACUAUAAUAAUCCUCACUGCCAGCCCCUCUGUUCUUCACGAUUGCUGCUGAAUUUUGUUUGUGGCCUUAUUCAUUUUUGACUUGGUCAAUGUGUAGAUGUGGCCAGUAAUGGUAACUAAGCUAUCGUUAUCACAUCACUUGCAUCAAUAACUUGUUCAUCUGGUGGAGUUGGAUACACAAAUGUGUGUGUGCAGGUCCACGUGGGUGAAGGAUAGUUAAGUUUAUUUCAUUGUUUUCUUCCUUGACUUCCAAGAUAUACAGGCAAGGUGUACAUUCCCAAAAGAAAUGUAUAUUUCCUAUGGUGGGUUGCACUGGUGAAGGGCAAAACAGUGGCUGUAGUGACAAAUAUAGUUUGUAUCAGGACCAUCAUUAUAUUGUGAUGUUGAUGCUGUGGGCCACCCACAUUAGGACUUAGGCAGUCUGUUGAAUUAUGCUUAAAGAACCUUUUCAGUGGCUGGCAUCACGAGCUUAACAUUUUGAUAUUUAGUAUUAAUGCACACAAUGUGUGCCACUCGCCCCAGGUUACACAUAUUCCUUUUCCCAAAACUCUGCAAACUUUGAAAAUCCAAUCUUCAUUGAUGGAUAUUUCUCUUUGAAAUUUGUAAAUGCUUCUUUCAAGUUACACAAUACUAAAACAUUUUUGCCUUCUUUCCCAAGUUCUGUCAGCUCUCUUUCACCCCUGGCAUUUCUCUUCUCACUUCUGGAGAGUGAUAGAAAUUAAUUACUUUAGCUGCAACUGCAUUAGGCAGACAUUUCCUCAGCUGUGGAUUUGGUGUUGAAAGUACUUACUACAAAUUCUGCCAGCAAACGCUUUGCUUGCCAAGCCAUGUACAGUAGUCGGAACACUUUAAUUUCUGCAUGAUUAUAUUUCUGCUGUCUUUGGUAGGAGUGCUAGAAUGUUAUUUUUACACUUUGGUUUGUCACUUUAUUGAAGUUCUCUUUUGCUGAAGAAUUUUGAUCUCUGUUUCAUCAUAACCUGUGGCUGAAAUUUAAUACCUAGCAUGUUUUAUUCAAGCUUCCUUUACAUGGCUCCUUCCACUCUCAAGUUUCUUUUUUGCAUGAUGUGAGCUGUAAGAUACUCUGCUUGCUUCUAUUGUUGUCUCUUCUGUUUUGCCCAGUUGCCUAUUCAUUUCAGCAAGGUCAUACUUAUCAGCUGCAUUAUUUUCUGUAUCUUCAGCCUCAAAUGCUAAAUGGUUUUAUAACGUUAUCUUCUAUGGUUUCUGCCUCGGAUUCUUCACUGUACAUUGUAGACUGUGGAUUCGGAGAUUUUGCUAACUCCCUACAAUAGUUUUAAUAUUAUGGUUUGUUGUGACUUUUAAGUAAUAGAAUUCUAUUUAGCAGAUAUUUAGUUAAGGGAUGAAUGUCUUUAAAGAUGAUGCUCUUGUGUUUUGCAAAAUGGUGGCAGCAAUAGCACCCAAGAUUAAGGACAUUAAUCCCUCAAUCCACAACUAGGUGAGUACAUUAUAAUUUCUAACAUUUUAUUGACCUGAAAAUAAACAGCAUUGAUAAGAUACACUGAAAUACACUACAAAUUGAAUUUUAUAUAGUCAAAUUUUUUAAAUUAAUGAGAGAAAUAGAACAACAUUUGUCUCACCGCUGUAGUUGAAAUGGCUCCCGAGUUAUGGCUCUCCAAAGUUUGGAUAUUUACUUGAGGUCAAGGUAUUCAGCUAAGGUUAGAUCCAUUCAAAUGAAUGGAGGUCCUAAACUUGAGAGAAUAACCCAUACAAAUUAUGUUAAAUCCUAAUACUGUAUACACAUACCAGUUAAUUGUUCAAGUUUGACAAAUUCUGUGUUGGUGUCAAAUGACCUUCCCAGGGGUCAAAGAUUAAAUUUAAGGUAAACUUUUUUAUUUGAAUCCUGAUUUAAAAUAUGCAUAGAAUUAAAAGGUGGAGAGCCACUUAAUAGCAUUAAAAUGGUAUUUGAAUGAAUUCUGUGCCAUAAAAGCUAAGGUGCAUCCUUUUAAAAUAAAGCAUGAGCAAGGAAAAUUUACCCAUUUUUGCAAAAUUCAAGAUUAUGUAUCUGCAACUGUUUUAGCUGCUAAUGUGAGACAAACGUCACUUUCUCUCGCCGAGAUCUCUAUGUGUGUACCAAAUUGCAUCAAAAUCAGAGAGGAUGCCAGAAAAUUUGCCCAAUAUUUGCGUGAAUUGACAUGGAAUGACUCUUUAAUGCGUUAAUGAAAUCCUGGAUGUAAUGUUAUUGUGCUUGUCUAUUUUGAAGCAUCUAGGCCAUGCAUUAUGUAAUUUUUAUGUUGACGUACCUCGACAUUUGGCAGGGAUAAAAAUGUGCAUUGGGUCUUCGGAUACUUAUUGAAAUUAGUGUAAUUUUGACUGUGUACAUAUAGUAUAGCUCUUACUCAAGAAUUUGUGUACAAAGUGUAAUAGUACAGGCCAUGUAAUUACAGUACUGUUCUGUAUUUUGUUAUGUAGCUGGAAUAAGAGAAGAGAACUAGAAAAUAAUUGUGAGACUUUCAUUAGAAAGUAAAUGGGGAACAAAAUAACCCGUGAAGAGUAACAUUUACGAGCAGUACAGGAAAAGCGUUGUAGAAAGGGAAACUUGUUGAAGAAUAGUCCAGUGCAUGCUUGUCAUAUGGAAAUAUGGAAUUGUUAUUUUUAUUGGGCUUUUUUAUAUCGUUAAGAAUGAUAGCCUUCUUGGGAGCUAUUUGUACAUCGCGUAAUAACAAAUAUUGUAUUUGUGGUAAACGUAUUAAACAUAUGACCAUAUUUGCAAUGUUAAUGUAAAUAUUAUGGAAAGGUAAGAUUUUGUGGCUGAAUCUGUAAAGAGGCUGUUUUAUUGUUCGAAUUUCAGUAUGGCAAGUUAAUGCUAAGAAUGUAUUUGAUUUAAUUUUGUUAAAAUCUUGUGUUUAGUGCAGUAUUAAUGUCUAAUGUCUGUUUAAACUCCCAACUAUAAAUGUACUACAAAAUGAGCAUUUUUUCCAUUGGUUCUUUUUUAUUUGAAACAGAUUUAGUGUUGUAUUAAAUGAGCUGUGCAUCAUUCUGUGUGUUGUAAUAAGGAACAUGAUAAUUGGAUGAAACUUGCUGUCUUGGGGAGCAAGUCAAUUGUAGAUAUACAGUUUUACUGUAUGAUGACUUCAGUCUUUCAAGACUAAAAUCAAGGGCUAAAUCUUGAAAUCCCAAUAAAGCCCAAAUUAUCUAAUAGUAAUAUUUAUUAUUUGCACAAGAAAGCAACAAGUAGUAAAAAGAAAAAUUUAAUUACAUUGGUACAGUGGAUAAGCUUUUAUUGCUUUAACUUAAUUGUAUGACCAAUGCUUAUCCUUCAUGAGCAGUUGCUCAAACAAUUAAUUUGUCUGAAAAUGGAAAUACUGUACAGUAACCCAACUUUCAGUAAUAUUACUUUACUCUUUAUUUUUAAGAAAGUGCAAUUAAUUCUUUGACAUUUUUCAAUAAUAAAAUUUGUAUGUUCAUUCUUCCAAAUUAGUAUUUGAACAUUAAUAUAUAGAGGUAACAAGCCUCAUUGGACUGAAAUUGUUUUGGGAUAAUAAAUUGUAGUUCAGAUCCAAGUAUGGAAAAUAAGGUCAUAUGCUAAGUACAUUAUAUUUGAACAUUAAUAUACAAAAUUUAAUAUGGCUCUUUGUCAUCCAAAAAUAAUAGGCAACACCAGUUCCUUGGUAAAGCACUGUUACUGCAAUUACUGAAUGCCAUAACAUAUUUUAAACAUUUAUUUCUAAUCCUAAUUAUCACCUGGCCAAUUCUUGUACAUAUAAUAUAGUAGGUGAAACCUCUUGGCAGGCAAUUAUAUAAUUCAGUGUCACUUUUGUAAAAUGCCAUUAAUAUUACUUGACCUCAGACCUAAGGUAAUAUUGAGUUCAAGUUUUACAAUAUUUAAAUUAGAUGACAGAUGUACUAUUUGAAGUAUUCCCUUUGUGUACAUAUAUUGUUUGAUAAACUUUAUCUGUUAAGCUGAUUUUCUAUGUCAAUAAACAGUACAAGAGAGCAAUUUUUAUAUUUAUAUAUGAUCAGUAUUUACUCUUAACCCUACUUGUGUAAUAAUGAUUAGCCCAUUCCAGGCUGGUAAAUUUGUUGAGCUAUUGGGCAUUCAGUAUGAUGAACAUUCAUUGCUUUGUGUGAUGUAACAAUGGAAAUUUUAAGGUUCUCAGAGUUUUUAUUCACUGGAAAAUAGAAUAUAAAUAUAUUGAAAGAUUGUGAGUGCCAUUUUAAAGUUUACUUGUGAAUACGUUCAUAUUACAGUUCUAGGAUAACGGUCAAUAAAAUGUGAAGAUAA